UCGACGGUAUCAGUCAUCUUCGUGAAUCCCCGGAACCAACAAGGAAUCGGCGACCAUGAAUCCUGUCCCAGCAAUAUUCCUGCUCUUCCUGGUCGCCGUCGAGCGCGUACAUGGCUUCGGUUUUCGAGGAUUCACCUUCGAGGGGAUCGAUGUCACGGGGUCGCUAAAAUCCAGACCGUCCCCCAUGUCCCUCUCCAAGGAAUGGAUCACCCAGCCUCUGGACCACUUCAAUCAUCGGGACAACAGGACCUGGCAGAUGCGCUACUUCGAGAACGACGAGUUCUUCGAGGGGUCUGGACCGAUCCUGGUGAUGCUGGGCGGCGAGUGGGCGAUCUCCUGGGGCUUCCUGAGUGCCGGCCUCAUGUACGACAUCGCUGCGGAGAACAAGGCUCUCAUGUAUUACACGGAACACCGAUAUUACGGACACAGUAGACCCACACUGGACACCAGCGUGCCGAAUUUGCAAUUCCUCAACGUGGACCAGGCCCUGGCGGACGUGGCAUAUUUUAUCGAGGCCAAGAAGCGGGAGAGGAACCUGAAGAAUGGCACGGUGAUCGUCUUCGGAGGGUCCUAUGCCGGGAACAUGGCAGCCUGGGCCAGGUUGAAGUAUCCUCAUCUCAUCCAGGGCGCCCUGGCAAGCAGUGCUCCCGUUUUCGCGAAGGCGGACUUCUUCGAGUACUAUCAGGUCGUGGCCGAUAGUUUGGGUAGAUACAGCCAGCAGUGCGUCAGAGACGUGAAAAGCGCCUUCGACUCGGUAGAAGGGUUGCUCUCCGUCGAGGGGGGUCUGAAGACGCUGAAGAAGUACUUUAAUCUCUGCAAGACUCCGGACGUGACGGUGCGGAACGACCUUGCCACCUUCAUGGUUUACCUAGCCGAGAAAUUCGCGGCGGUAGUGCAGUUCGACGGCAUCGUGUCCCGGGGGACAAAGAUAUCCAAGAUUUGCGAGGACAUGACGAACGUUAAACUAGGCUCUCCGCUUGAAAGAUUGGCUAAAGUCGCUCGGCCGACCGACGAGUGCCUCGAGGUCGACUACAAAAGAUUUCUGGAGAAAUUCGCGGACGUCUCUUGGGCGUCCCCAGCCGCGGCUAGCUCCACGAGGCAGUGGUUGUACCAGACGUGCACCGAGUACGGAUACUACCAGACGAGUAACUCGAAUAGAUCCAUAUUCGGCACGCUGUUCCCCCUGGAAUACUUCCUGGACAUGUGCGCAGACCUCUACGGAAAUUACUACGACCGGCCAGCCCUGGAAUUCGGGAUCGAGAGGACGAACAUCAUGUACGGAGGCUGGAUACCGGAAGUGACGAACGUCAUCUUCACCAACGGCAACGUGGACCCCUGGCACUCGUUGUCGAUCCUCGAGGACCUCAACGACUCGUCUCCCGCGAUCAUAGUGAACGGGACUUCGCACUGCGUCGACCUAAUGCCCGACUCGGAUUCCGACCUCGAAGAGCUAACACAGGCUCGUUCCAAGGUGCGCGAGAUCAUCGGGCGAUGGAUCAUCUCCUAGAGUCCUUGAAAAUGCGCCUAAGACCUCGCCAUAAUUCG